GCACAAUUAAAAUAUCCCUUUUACUUUGACAGCCUGGUAUUACCGAAAAAGCUUGUUGACGAGAUAAAGUAGUACGGGUUAUAAAUCGGGUGUCGUGUUGGAGCGAAAUCAACACACCUCACGAUCCCGACCUUCUGCGCAGAUUAUAUCAAAUCAAUAGAUGAGAUCAAGUAUUUGAGAACUUGGACAGUUUGUGGUUAUAUAGAAUUAUAUCGACUUUAAUGGAAUAUAAACCUACAGAAUCACCAAACUGUAUGUCGCCGAACAGAUCGGAUGGGAACGCCAGUAUGUUAAAGCGUUAAGUCAUGGAGAAUCGUCACGUGUAGCACCAUGGCCGCUAUAAAUACUGCGAACCUGGACGAAUUAUUUCAAUAUUUAAAAGAAAACAAACCAAUCACCACAGACCUUAUCCGGAAGUCUUCUGUCGAUUAUGAAAACCUAAAGGUAGCCUUGCGAAAAGAUGUAGAAGAGAAUAAGUCUGGGGACCAAAAGCCAGGCGACCUGUACAAGUGUCCGCUGUGUAAGAAGAAUAUCCCCUACCCCGUCCCACCCUACCACCAGGACAAGGAAGAGAUCGAUCGCCUUAAACAGGAACUAGACGCCAGGUCACACAAAUGUCAGCAGAUGGAAAAGCAACUCGUCACACAGGACCAACAACUCGCCCAGCUGACCAGGGUCAACAGCCAUAGAAGUUCCGGUCUGACACCGACACGGGUUGUUGAUCCAGGAGACCCGAAUCGGGCCCAGCAGAUCGGGGAAAGGUAUGAGGACCUGUAUGAUAAUGAGUGGACUGCAGCCUUCACGUUCCUGGACAACAACAUGAACUUACGUGAGGAUAAGGUUCUGGACACACUCCUCCGGAUCCUCAGGGCCGCCUACUCCUUCUGUGGUGACAUCGCGAGAGCACAGAUGAUCAACCUUGAAGGGGAGUUUUACUGUCCACUGUCCACGUGGACGGAAGACGCCCGUACAGAGUUCAUUGGCAGGAAAACAGCACUGCCUCAGAAAUCAGCAAGAAUCGCUCAACAUUACCGGAAGUCGACGUCAACGGAGUGUGUACCAGCCAUCCAAAAUGCCUUCAUUGCUCAGAUCCUGCCUGAGUUUAUGGACCCGACUUUACACAGCAAUAGACAAGUCCUGGCCUACGUUAAACGCUGUGUGGAGAUCACGUGGUACAUGGUCAUACAGGAAACCCCGAUGGUGCUCAUCAGCAAGGUCAACCGGAAGUCACAGUUUGACAGAAAUCUUUUCCGGUAUUACUCAACUCAAGGUGAUAAGUUUGAUUUUGUUGUUUGGCCGGCUCUGCUGAUGUACUUUGAUGGACCCAUUAUUGUCAAAGGCUUUGCAUACGCUUUGGAUCCGAACCAGCAUUCCAAACGUAAGAGAAAUAGAGAUGGAGACAAGUCGUGUUCCUCCCAAGGAAGAGACAAUAUUGAGGAUUCAGAACUAAACCACGGCCUUGCUGGUGGAACACCGUGGGGUUCAAACUAUUUUUCAAACGCUGGCACUCCUUCUGUUGACCUCCCGCCGCUUCCGUUGGAUCACGUGAGUCCUACGCGAAUCAGUCCAGGGAGGACAGCUCGUGAAGAACAAAAACUAACGGCAGCAUGGAAGGGCAAGAAAAAGCCGAAAGCCAAACCCUAAGUUACCUUAGACGCUAAGAACAUUUGUAUAUAAAAGAAAGCUGUAUGCAUCAAGAGGCAUAAUAGUAAGCAAACUCAGAUACCAUUAGAAUAAAGACAUUCCCUGUGUUGAAUAUGAUGAUUACAUUCUAAAUUCAGAUCGAAUCGGAAUUUUGUUUUAACUGUUUUGCCUUUUGAAGAAGUUUGCCAUCAUAAUGUGUUUUGUCAAACUUGUAUUUUGAGAUAUUGAUGUAAGAAAAGGGAAAUAGAAACAUGAUACAACAUGGAUGGCCGAUACCUGUUUUGUAAACUGAAAUACUCUGACAUGGGUAUUUAUAUUAAAUAUCUAUAUGAGGUUUUUUAUACAGAACAAGGAUGAAGAUGCCAUCUUGUUUCUGGAGGACAACAUACCAAGAACCGUAAAAACAGUUUUCUGUUAGCAACACUAAAUGAACUGGUUAUGCACAUUUUUGUCAAUCUUUCUUGCAACAUGCAGCAAACACAAUACAUUCAGUGUUCAAAUGAGAAUCUUAAUAAUUUUAAUGUAUUGUUUGUAAUAAACUGGAUAUCAUGUUUGACUCCUUAUGGAAAAGGAAAAUACAAAUUUACGUUCGCAAUUAAUUGCUUACACUUCA